AUGACGAUGAACACCCUCGACAACUAUAGAGCCAGGAAGGAUGAUGUCCGCAAGUUCAUCAAAGACAUCCACGACAAGAAGCCCUACGACCCAACCACCCAAUACCCGGACAUCGUUGCCUUCACCAGCAAUCAAGUCCAAUACAUCAUUAACAGCCACAACAACUUCAAACGCCUCGGGCCGAAGUCUCGCACUCACAAUGGCGGGAUCGUCGACUACUAUUCUGACAGAUACGGCGAGUGUUACUGUGGCGGGACCCGCAGCGCCGCGAUCACCGAUGCUAGGACGCACGCACGUGGUCGCGCCAACUUUAUCGCCGUCCAGCGCCUUCAGACUCUCCACUCCCUCUUCCAGAACAUCCUGAAUGCUCCUCUGUCCAUGGAGGCGCUUGAUGCCUUCUGUAUCGAAGUGGCUGAGGGCCAAGCUGCAUUCGUUGCCGAUCUGGAAAAGGAGUUGGCGGACUACGAUGAGGUCGUCAAGGCGAACUCGGAGCAUUAA